AUGUCAAUGUAUUGUCCGUUAGCUGUACAUUUAGAUUACGAUCCGCCGAUUCCGAGUGCAACAACACCAGUGACAACUAUUUCAAAUUGUGUUUUAUCUCAUAAUGGCUUUCCGGACCGAUCCGAUCUCAUACAGACAGUUUGUCAGCUUUACGAUGUGGUGCAGGGCGAACGUGUUCACUCACGGAAAAUAGCCCUUAUUCAACAUGGUUCACCACUUCAUCCGUACAGUGUUUGUAAUUCAAAUUACGGUGGCCAUGAGCUAUGUUUGCCGUUAAUUGUCGAUUACGUUUCACCUGAUCUCGCACCACCGACGAUGGCGCAUCACUUUUACUAUCUUCAUUUACGAGAUGCGAAAAUUCCCAAUACUCUAAAAAAUGAUAUUUACCGCCAAUUGUAUCAUACGGCACCUUUUGAUCUUUUCACCAAGUAUACUGAGUUACGAAGUCGUUUCGAUUUAGUUCCAUUGAAAGAAUGUCGACCGUUGAUGCUGACUAUUCUCGAUUUUUGGAUUCAACGAUGUAAACGACUGAAAAUGUGUCUAGAUGCUACAGAAUUCUUUCCGGUUCGAUUAAAGUGGACUGAUUCGGUGUUUGAAGGUACUCGACUUAAGCGUGAUCAGCUAUCUCAAAAUUGGGAAAUUGGUUGUGAGGUUGAUGAAUAUGGUUGGGCUGUUGAAAUGGUGCGUGCUGAACAUGUAACUGCAUUCACUGAAAAUUGUCCGCUGAUGUUUAUGGGUGAUAGUACGUCUACACGCCUAGCACGCUAUAUCGAGUGGGGUAAACGAUUUAGCGACAUAGAUGGCCGAUUUUUACAGCAGUUCGGAAUCGAUAAUCGGAAAUUAGAAGAAUCUGAACGGAUGUCAACUCUCUUUCUCCUUUUGCAGAAAAUUCAUUUUGGUAAUGGAUGUAUUGCAGUGGUAUUGUCAUCAGGAGCACAUGAACUAGCUGAAGGGAUGGCACCGUCGAAAUACGGCAAGAUUCUGAAAGAUAUACUUGUGUAUUUGUUACAGUUCCAGUUGCGCAUUCUUGUGGUUCCGCCAACACCUUGUGUGGAAAAUCAAUUUCUUUGGUUCCAAUAUAUGCAGCAACAAGUUGAACUUAGCGUCAAAUUACCAACCGUUGAAUUUUUGAUUCGGCCAAUUCAUCAAACAAGUGAUCGAUGUUUUUUGGAUGCUCUCAUUAUAGGAAGCCGUACAUUGGAUUCAUUCAUGUGUGGUGAUGCUGGUUUUACUGAUUUCGGGAUCAAAAAACUUGGAUUUUUUCUGAUCGAAGUGAUGCAAAUUCCGAAGACUAAUCAUAAUGGAGAAAUUUUAAAGCGUGAAAUGAUAAUUGCAACAACUUCAAGACAAGAUGAUGCCAUCUUCGCUUACGAUUGUAACAAAGAGAGUUCGCUGGGAUUAGUUGAAACACAAAUUAAAAUCUGGAAUGAACCUAUUAUUGAUUAUAAAUCUAUUGAUAAUGUUCCAUCUUUUCCCUCAAUGGCAUGUACUAACUUACUAUCAACCGAUGUUGCUUACUUAAAUGUGAAGAGUUAUUCAGAAUUGGCGGGUUAUGCGGGUCCAUCUGCUAGAAAUUCGUUAACAUCACUGGCCACUAACAUUCAGAAUUCGAGACAUCGAAAGAAAAAGACGAAAAUCAUGGGAGGAUCACAUAAUGGAUAUUUGUGGGGACAAAAACAACGCGCAAUAAUUAGCUCUUCUAAAAAAUUAGGGCAGUUUCCGAAAUUAACACAUGGGAACUAUUUUACGUUAGCACAGGAACGACAGGAUCGGCGCAGACGAGCACGUACCACCGAACAAUUAAAUAAAUAAAACGAGCUCAGG